UUUUAUUUCAUUUAUUUUUCAGUUCAAAAUCAACAUCCUUCCUUUGCCGACUUUUCUUUUUUCUAUUUUUAAAUCCAAUUUCCUUAUCUCUACCAAUUAUUUAUUAUCGUUUAUGUACUUCAAUUACAAUAAAUAAAUGUUGGAAUAAUUUAAUUUUAAAUUUAAUUGAAAUUAUUAAAUCUCAUUUAUUUUAUGGAAGUUGGCUAUUUGCUUUUUUUUGCUAUUUGUUUAUGUCAAAUACAAAUAUUAUUUUCAAUUGUGGAUGAUUCUAAAAUUAAGGAAGGAGAGGAGGAGGGAGAUGAAAUUAUAGAAAGUAAAGAAGUGAAAAGUGAUCAGGAAAAAAAGAAUGAAUAA